CCUCUCUGGAGCCACCAUGAAGUUCCUCGCCUUCGCAGCCCUCGUGGCCGCCGUCGUCUCGGCAUUCCCUGCCCCUGAGCUCCCCGCCGGCAUCCCUCGCUCCCUCUCCGAGUUCAAGGAGAAACAUCCUUACACAGUCAAGCGCAGCAGCCAUUGUCGGAAGACAGUCUCCAUCCGGGCCUCGCAAAAUGACACUGAUGACGUUGCCGACGACUUCCUCCGCGGUCUCAAACAGGCCAACAACGGCGGAACUCUCUAUCUGCCCAAGGACAAGACCUUUGUCAUUGGCAAGCCGCUCGACCUGACCUUUCUCAACGACGUCCAAGUCCACCUCGAGGGUGAAAUCAAGUUCACAAACGACACGGCCUAUUGGCAGAAGAACGCGUUUGCCCAUCCCUUCCAGAACAGCCUCAUGUUCUGGAAAUGGGGUGGUAAGAACAUCAAGAUCUACGGCAACGGCGUUCUCAAUGGCAACGGUCAGCGGUGGUGGAACGAAUUCGCUGGUUCGGAGAUUCUCGACCCCGGCAACACGUACCUGCGUCCGAUCCUGUUCUAUGCCGAGAACACUACCGGUAUCGAGAUCGAGGGUAUUCACUUUAAGGACUCGCCUUGCUGGACCACCUUCUUUGUCACCUCUAAGCACAUCUCCUUCAAGGACGUGGCCUGCACGGCCGAGUCCAACAACGCCACUGCUCUUCCCAAGAACUCGGACUUCUUUGACUCACUCAAUGUCGAGCACGUUAGCGUUGAGCGUGCUUGGGUUAACAUUGGUGACGACUGCUUCUCUCCCAAAUCUAAUGCUACGGAUUUGUACGUGAACACCAUGUACUGCAAUGGCACUCACGGACAGUCGAUGGGCUCGAUUGGUCAGUAUUCCGGCGAGAAGAGCUUCAUCCGGGAUGUGGUUAUCGAGAACUUGUGGAUGUUGAACGGCCAGCACGGUGCUCGUUUAAAGUCAUGGGCAGGUCCUGACGUCGGCUAUGGCUUCAUUGAUAACGUCACGUUCCGCAACUUUUGGAAUGCCAACAAUGAGUAUAGUGCUUUUCUGGACUCUUGUUACUUUAAUGUCAACGCUACUACCUGUUCUGCGUACCCCUCCCAGGUCAACAUCAGCAACGUCAACUUCGAGAACUUCUCCGGAUACACUUCGGGCAAGUACGGACGUGCUGUUGCUCGCCUGACUUGCAGCCCCAACGCCGUGUGCGAGAACAUCAAGUUCAAGAACUUCAACGUCACUAGCCCCUGCGGUGGUGAGCCAGUUGUCAUUUGCGAUGGCAUCAGCGGUGACCUUGGCGUUCCUUGCGUCAACUCUACCAGCCCGGAGGCGAAAGCCGCGUUGAAGGACAAGUGCUCGACUGCUAUGGCGACACUGCCAAAGCCGACGCCGUGGUUGUAGAGAGUUUGUAUUUAUAUAGGAAAACCUAACGAUUUAAUGACUAUUCCCGCCAUGUAUGGGCCAAUAAUACAACAGAAUGCCGUACCCUCCA